CCCUCCACGCCCGAUAAUACAGCAGGGGCUGCGGGAGGCGGACUACUUGUCGUCGCGGAGGCGGACUGGGCGGUGCUGUCGUGCAGCCAUCUUUGGUCCAUUCCAUUCUCAGCUGCGGCUUUGCUGAGUCGUGUUCGGCAGAGGCGUCUCCUGCUCCGGCACCUGCACCAUGGAUGAGGAGUACGAUGUCAUCGUCCUGGGCACCGGCCUGACAGAAUGUAUUUUGUCCGGCAUCAUGUCUGUUAAUGGAAAGAAAGUUCUGCACAUGGACAGGAACCCGUACUAUGGGGGAGAGAGCUCCUCAAUCACCCCACUGGAGGAGCUCUACAAAAGGUUUGAGAUCCCAGAUGGACCUGCUGAGAGCAUGGGCAGGGGACGUGACUGGAACGUGGAUCUGAUCCCCAAAUUUCUUAUGGCUAAUGGCCAGCUGGUGAAGAUGCUGCUGUACACUGAGGUCACUCGCUACCUGGACUUCAAAGUCGUUGAGGGAAGCUUCGUGUACAAAGGAGGGAAGAUCUACAAGGUCCCAUCCACCGAAACCGAGGCCCUGGCCUCCAACCUCAUGGGGAUGUUUGAGAAACGCCGCUUCCGCAAGUUUCUGGUCUUCGUGGCCAACUUCGACGAGAACGACUCAAAGACGUUCGAAGGGGUAGAUCCGAAAAGCACCACCAUGCGAGAUGUGUACAAGAAAUUCGACUUGGGGCAGGAUGUCAUUGACUUCACAGGCCACGCUCUGGCGCUCUAUAGAACCGACGAUUAUCUGGAUCAGACAUGCCUGGAAACCAUCAAUCGCAUCAAGCUGUACAGCGAAUCCCUGGCAAGAUACGGAAAGAGCCCCUAUCUGUACCCUCUGUAUGGACUGGGUGAGCUGCCUCAAGGAUUUGCCAGGCUCAGUGCCAUCUACGGCGGGACGUACAUGUUAAACAAGUGCGUGGACGAGAUUGUGAUGGAGAAAGGAAAAGUUGUUGGAGUAAAGUCAGAAGGGGAGGUGGCGCGUUGCAAGCAGCUGAUCUGUGACCCCAGCUAUGUUUCCGACCGAGUGCGCAAGGCUGGUCAGGUGAUCCGCGUCAUCUGCGUCCUCAGCCAUCCCAUCAAGAACACCAAUGAUGCCAACUCUUGCCAAAUUAUCAUCCCACAGAACCAGGUCAACAGGAAAUCUGAUAUUUAUGUCUGCAUGAUUUCGUAUGCACACAACGUGGCAGCACAAGGGAAAUACAUUGCUAUCGUCAGCACCACGGUGGAGACAACUGAGCCCGAGAAGGAGAUUGAACCGGCACUGGAGCUCUUGGAGCCUAUAGAUCAGAAAUUUGUUGCUAUCAGCGAUCUGUAUGAACCCACUGAAGAUGGCUCAGAAAGUCAGGUGUUCUGCUCCUGUUCCUACGACGCCACCACGCACUUUGAGACCACGUGCAACGACAUCAAAGAUAUCUACAAGAGAAUGACCGGAACAGACUUUGAUUUCGAGAAUAUGAAGCGCAAGCAAAACGACGUUUACGGGGAAGAAGACCAGUGAACGUGGGGAAGGGGGCUGUCGGAUCGGG